UGUUUCUAUCUUCUUCACUGGAGCAGCAUUAACUUGUAUCACGAUAAUCCCCGCCAAACAGCUUCAUACCGAGACACACGCUCUUCCACUCUGACUGCCGCGCCUAGUCUGAUAUCGACAAGACAAGCUUAAAAUACCACGGCUACCACAGUAUCGAGCAACCCCUAAGAAGACACCAUUCGCGACGAGUUUCACUUUACAAGUUCACAUACAAACAGAGUCCGUAUACUGUAUUUCAGAUCACGGCAAAGGCCAGGACCAUCUCGCGGAGAUGCGCCGCUCAACGUAGCACGUUGCAGAACCACCUUCCGCGAGUGAUCGUGUGUCUUCAUCUCGAUCCACGCCGAACCGAUCCUCUUCAGCCAUGGUUGUAUGUAAAUUCUUUUUGCAGGGCAACUGCAAGUUUGGUGUCAAUUGUAGGAAUGAACAUCCUGGAACAAGUUACAACAAUCAACAAAACAGAUUUGGCGCGUUGAGUAGCGGCGGAGGCAACAGAUUCUCGAACAACAGCAAUUCUCGACAAGAUCCCUGGCGCAUAAACAGUGCCGACAUUACGAAUGAUCUCGUGGAUGGAAAAGGUCGGCCAAAAUGGAUCCUGUCGUCCUACGGUCCAGGCAGGGAUCCUCCAGCUUCAUUGCUCGAGGAUACUGAAUACAGCUCAGAGGAAGUGCGAGUGCGGUUCUACGAACUUGCAAGUCAAGGAAAGCAGGCCGACGCUGACAAUGAAGCCAUUGCCCUUUGGAGCAAGGCAGACCAGGAAACGAAGCAGAUUGCGAGUAAUGUGAAUGAUGUCACCAAGUUCAUGGAAGAGGCAGAGAAAAAGCAUCCCAACAGGUUCGACAUGAUUCAAAUGGACGGCACCAAAACUCGUGACGAGUUCGUCAAAACACUUAGUGCCGCAGCAGGCAGCGGUUUCGGACAAACUUCUAUACCUAAUCCUUUUGCAACAGCUUCUACGCCCGCGUUCGGACAACAAGACCAACCUGCCGGUAUUGGGUCUGCUGCAUUUGGUAAGCCAACAUUCGGACAAAGCAGUUUUGGGAAUGGAGGAGGAUUUGGUCAGUCCCCUAGUGGAAGCGGCUUUGGCCAGGCGGCAUCGGGCGGCACAUUUGGGAAGGAUGCGAGCAGUACUCCUGCUUUUGGACAAACGGCCUUCGGACAGCCUUCCCAACCGGCAUCGACCUUUGGGCAACCAUCGCAACCGGCAUCGACCUUUGGGCAGCCAUCGCAACCGGCAUCGACCUUUGGGCAGCCAUCGCAACCGGCAUCGACCUUUGGGCAGCCAUCGCAACCUGCAGCGACAUUUGGCCAGCCUUCUCAGCCGUCAGCCGGAUUUGGUCAACCUUCUCAGCCAUCCAGCGCAUUUGGCCAACCUGCUUUUGGAUCUUCUGGCUUUGGUGCAAAUGCUGCUGCUAAGAAUCCCUUUGCUCCUGCGUCCGCGUCAGGUGGUCUCGGCCAGGCGUCUACAACGUUCGGACAACCUUCACAACCCUCGACUACGUUUGGACAACCCAGCCAACCUACGAGUACUUUUGGCCAGCCAUCACAACCGACUCCUGCUUUCGGUCAGGCCUCAGCACCGGCAAGCACGGGUUUUAGUCAACCUGCUUCAACUUUUGGACAGCCUUCACAGCCAACCUCAGCAUUCGGGCAGCCGGGUUUAUCAAAUGCUUCGCCUUUUGCAGCAAGUCCAUCGCCAGGACUCGGUCAACCUUCGCAGCCCACGUUCGGGCAGACCGGAUUCGGCUCCGGUUCGAGUGCGACACCCGCCUUUGGCCAGCCUAGUGCGCCGGUGAACCCAUUCGGCGUCAAGCCUGCUGAUGAUCAGGUCAAAGAGGUGGCAAUGGAGACGACCUCACCAGCCUCUUCGCGGCCAGUCUCCCGCGCGAACCCAUUUGGUACGGCCCCUGCUCAACCUGUAUCACAGCCAGCUCCACCAACAGCACAACCUGCGGUGGCAAACCCCAUCAUCAACACAUCCUCGACACCACAUCCCCUCACCAGCCAACCACCACACGCAAUGCACUAUACUCAGAGUUUACCCCUUCAACCAACUCAAAAGAACGCCUCAGGUCAGGUGAGCUCGUACCGUGGACAGCGCGUGCAGUAUUUCGAUGGCGUGCCAUGCUACAACCGACCAGAUGGCAAAGGGUGGGAGAAGAUCUGGUUCCCGGAUGCUGGAGCGACGCCGGACGUCGUAGCACUGAACAGGGAGGACAAGCUGGGUGAUACGCAAGGCACGGUGGAGGAGUAUACGGAUGAGAUCAAAGAACGGUAUCAGCAUCUGUUUCAGCAAGGACGAUUCAAGGACGCCAGAAUACCACUUGUGCCUCCCAUGAGAGAAUGGGGUGUCUACGAUUUCUAGUGGCAAUUGUGACAGCCUCUCUGAAGAUGUGGGCGAAAAAGGCGUGGUUAUUGCGCCGGCGGAGGAAGCAUGGCUAGGACUGCUUGGACGAAAAUGGGUGCGCGGGUUCAAUUUUUAGCGACCUUCGUUCUGAACAGACAUUGAUCCUCGUUGAACUCUUCAUUUGAACAU